AUAUUCAUGGUGAUAAAUUUGUCGAAUUUUCAUCUUAAAUUGUUUAUACUAAAGUUUUUUUGUGACCAGAUGAACUAAAAUUGGAAUAUUAUUAAAUGAUUGUUUGAAUUUGUUAAAUAUGAGAAAAUCAAAGAAAUGUGUUGAGGUCAAAAGUGACAGUAUUUUAAAUAUUCAAUUUCUUAAAAUAUUUUAUUUGUAUCCUGUUAUCGAUCCGAAUACCAAUUAUAAUACAAUAUGCGGCUAUAAUAUUUAUUUAAUACUUCACGAGGCGCUUAAAGUUAUAAUUGCAAUUGUUUUAAUUAUUUCCAUAACUGGCUUUUUUUUUGGAAUACAUGACCUUAACUUCGUUAUCAAUUCUUCGAAUAUAAUUAUUUGUGCAAUAUUGGACAUAACAAAAGUUUCUCGAUUCACACGUACACCGCAUAAAGUUUGGAAUCUGAUUUCUAUGAUAAACAUUGAUAUUUUUAAGAAUGGUCAUUACAGGAAUGAUAUUGUUGAGUUGUAUAAAAAUAAAAUCACCAAGUAUACUAUCUUAAAUACAGCUGCUUGGUUAUUGGUAUUGUUAUUUUAUUUAUGUGGUCCGAUUUUUGUGCAUCGUUUUACAGUGAAAAGUAAUGACGAUCAUAUAAUUGUCUAUCCAUAUAAUGUAAUAAAUCUAUUAUAUCAACCGUUAUCUAUUGAAAACUAUACAAAUUUUUAUAUAAUGUUCUAUAUAUUGGAAGCAUUUAGUGUGGUCCAUAGUAUAACUAUGUGCAUUAUUUUUGACAACUUUGUGAUUUCAUUAGGUUUGACGGUACUCGCACAACUAAAAACUAUUGAAUCAACUCUUCAUACAUUUGGUCAUCAACCUAAUAAUAAGAAUGUUGAUCUAAAUCUAUUCAAGUAUAAAUUUUCUUCAAUUUUAUCAGACCAUCAAAAAGUUAUGGUACAUAAGAAUGAAUUUUACAAUAUUUCAAAAUCUAUUGUUCUUUUACAAAUAGCGGUUUGUUCAGUUACUUUAAAUACAAUUUCGUGUUUGUGUAUAUUGGCGUAUGUUCAGAAUAUUCCUUCUCUAUCAUAUCUAACAAUUAAAAAUAUAGUGGCUAUAACUAUGAUAAUAAUUCAAUUAUACUCAUACUGUGUUCUUUUUGGAAAAAUCGAUCAACAAACAUCAUCAAUGAACUUUGCUUACUAUAGUUGUAACUGGACAUCAAAGGAUACUCAUUUCAAGAAGUUAUUGUUGUUAGCAAUGAUAACUAGCAGUGCCAAUCAAGUAAAGAUGAAAGUUACGCCAUUAAAAAAAGUCAAUUUAGAAAUGUUUUUAAACACCAUUAACACAUCAUAUUCAAUUAUCUCAUUAUUUAUUCAAAAAAAUCAUAAAAAAAUGACGUAAUUUUACGAUGGAUUUUUUUUUACUGUCAAUAAAUAUAUAUUUUAUUGGUAAUCACGUACAUGGAUGAAAACAAUUAAAAUCAUUUAUAAAAAUAUUUAUAGGUUAUCUUAACCUGAAGUGUAGAUUAUUAAUAUUGAGUAAAAUCAUUUAAAAAAGAAUAAAAAUAGUGAACAAAUAAAACAAAGCAAAUGCCCAUCGAAGUUGAACAAAUUUAUUUAUAUAUUACAGUUCUGUAUCAUAAAAUUUGUAAUCGCAUUUAUAAUUAACAGGGUAUUUUUAUAUGUAGUUUAAAAACUCAUUUUUUACUAGUUUGAAAUAAUAUAAAAAGUUAGAAGUAAUAGUUCUAGUCUAAUUGAAAAUUUGAAAACGACGCGAAAAGUUGAUUUAGAAUAGUAUAUUUUGAUUCUAAUGAAAGUUCCUUGUAGACCAGUGCAUUUAUUUAUAGUAACAAACAGUUUUUAUUGAAAAUAUUG